GCACAGGCAGGAGGAGGGGCCGGCAGCUCCUUUCCCCUUUUUUUCUGUUUCUUUUUUUUCUUUCCCCCCUUCUUCCUCCUCCUCCUCCCUCCUUUUUUUUGUCCCCCCCCUUCCCCUCUUCCCCUUUCUUUAAUCCCUCUUCUUUCCCCAGGCCGGCGGCCCUGCCUGCCCCUUACAAGCCCCCACCCCCAAUCAUCCCUCUAGGCCCCAGCCAGCCCCCUUAGUCUUGCUUCCCUCCCUGGAGGCCAGUGCCACCCCACUUCCUUGGCCAGCAGCGUCCAGCCGGAGACCCCAGGGCUCCCCCGCCUCCCAUAGGGGGCCCUCUCGAGGCAUCUCAAGCCUCCUCCCCGCCUAGAUCCUCAGGUCCUGCCACCGCUAGGAUCCCUCCUCUACCCCCCAGGCAAGGGCCCUCCCCAAGCACGACUCUCUCCCUGUUUUCUUCCACCCUCCUCCACUCUUGCAUUUCCCCUCUAAUUCCCCACACUUGUUGCUCCCCAGAGCUGUCGCUUCUUCCUCCUCCUCGUUUUCUGCUCCCCCCUCCCUCGCCUCCAGCCUUCCCCGAUUUUCUCUUUGCCGCCUCUACCUGCGCUCUAUCGCCCACGUCAGAGGAAGAGGGGGCACAGCAGGUCCCUUGCUCAGCACCACUUCUCCUCCCGGAGGAGGAGGAGGAGGAGGAAGGCUGCAGGAGGAGGAGCAGCAGCAGCACCACCACCACCACCACCACACGCCAGCGAGGGAGGAGGGGGGGACAGGUUCCACUCCUCUCCCCCCUCCUCUCCCCCCUCCCGCCAAGGUGUCCAUCACUAACGUUAUAUUGUGCUGAAAAUGUCUAACAGCAACACAACACAAGAGACACUGGAAAUAAUGAAAGAGUCGGAAAAGAAACUGGUUGAGGAAUCUGUGAACAAAAACAAAUUUGUAUCCAGGUCGCCAAGCAAAGAGGAAGUUGAAAAGGAUGGGGAGGAGAGCAGCACCCGGCAAGAAUCUCAGAGGCGGACAUCGAAUCAUGGACACGCUAGAAAAAGAGCUAAGUCAAAUUCAAAGCUGAAGCUAGUUCGGAGCCUGGCUGUGUGUGAAGAAUCCUCUAGCCCCUUUGUGGAUGGACCCUUAGAGACCCAGGACAUCAUACAGUUGCACAUCAGUUGCCCCUCUGACAAGGAAGAUGACAAGUCUGCAAAAGAUGGUCCUGAAAAAGAAGAAAAAGAGAAAAAUAAGGAGAGAGCCCCCAAGAAAAUGCUGUCCAGAGAUUCCAGCCAGGAAUACACGGACUCCACUGGAAUCGAUUUGCAUGAAUUUUUAGUAAAUACACUGAAGAAAAACCCAAGGGAUAGGAUGAUGCUGCUAAAAUUAGAACAGGAGAUUCUGGAAUUUAUUAGUGAUAACAACAAUCAGUUCAAGAAGUUUCCCCAAAUGACCUCAUACCACAGAAUGCUUUUACACCGGGUUGCUGCCUAUUUUGGCAUGGACCACAACGUAGACCAAACUGGGAAAGCUGUCAUUAUCAACAAGACCAGUAACACAAGAAUCCCAGAACAGAGAUUCUCUGAGCACAUCAGAGAUGAGAAGAGCUCCGAGUUUCCACAGAGGUUCAUCCUGAAGCGAGAUGACACCAGCAUGGAUCGAGAUGAUAAUCAGAUCAGAAUCCCACUGCAGGAUGGGCGGAGAAGCAAAUCCAUAGAGGAGCGAGAGGAGGAAUACCAGAGAGUCAGAGAACGCAUAUUUGCACGAGAGUCGGGUCAGAACGGAUUCCUAAAUGACAGCAGACUCGCCAAAGAAGGCUUUUCUUCUAGCUCUCACAAAAGGCGGCAGAUCUUUAGGGGUAACCGGGAUGGGCUCAGUCGAGCCUCAGGCAGCCGCCAGAGCAGCACGGAGAGCGAUAUGAAGUCACUGGAGCCCCGGCCGUGGAGCAGCACAGACUCGGAUGGCUCCACCCGCAAUCUACGGCCUCCUGUCACCAAAGCCAGUAGCUUCAGUGGCAUUUCCAUCUUGACACGAGGGGACAGCAUUGGUGGCAUCUGCAAGGGAAGCAGUGCCAGCAGGACUGCCAGGCCAGGUCUGUCACUAAGUACACCAGAAGCCUGCAGCCAAGUCUCUUCUGCUCAGCCUGGCCGAGGCCACUUGCCCUGUGCUACUCAGCAGCAGCAGCAACCACUUCCGCCCACGCCCCAGCAACAGCCAGCGAUGAGUAAUCACAUCAUAUCACAGCCGGUCCCAGCUCUGCAGCCCUCUCCGCAGCCUAUUCAGUACUCUCCAAGUUCCUGUCCCCAAGUCCUCCUGCCAGUCUCUCCACCCCAGCAGUACAACAUGGCUGACGAACUCAGCAGUCCCUUUGGGCAGAUCAGCCUCAGCCGCCAGGGUUCUACAGAAGCACCAGACCCAUCUUCAGCCAUGUUCCAGUCACCAAUCAUGUCCCAGCAUCCUCAGCAGACGGGGUUCAUCAUGGCUUCCCCAGGGCAGCCAAUCACUGCCUCCAACUACUCUGCCUCGGGACACACAGCACCAGCCCAGCAGGUCUUGCAGCCCCAGAGCUAUAUGCAGCCACCCCAGCAAAUUCAGGUUUCUUACUACCCUCCCGGGCAGUACCCAAACUCCAGCCAGCAAUACCGACCUCUCUCUCACCCGGUGGCCUACAGCCCACAACGCAGCCAACAGCUGCCUCAGCAGUCACAGCAGCCUGGUUUACAGCCAAUCAUGUCCAAUCAGCAACAGACGUACCAAGGGAUGAUGGGAGUGCAGCAAUCCCAGGGCCAGAGUCUCCUCAGCAACCAACGCAGCAAUGUGGGCGGCCAGAUGCAAAGCAUGAUUAGUGUGCAGCAGUCUCAGAGCCAGAACCUCCUCAACAACCAGCGAGGAAGCAUGGGCAGUCAGAUGCAAGGCCUGAUGGUCCAGUACACGCCACUGCCUUCAUAUCAAGUCCCGGUAGCUAAUGAGUCUCAAGGCGUGGUCCAACAGCCGUUUCAGCAGCCUGUGCUGGUACCAGCGAACCAGUCUGUUCAAGGAGGACUCCAAGCUGGAGGGAUGCCCGUCUAUUACAGUGUGAUCCCACCAGCACAGCAGAAUGGCACCAGCCCUUCAGUUGGCUUCUUGCAGCCACCUGGGACAGAGCAGUACCAGAUCCCCCAAUCCCCAUCACCCUGCAGCCCCCCACAGAUGCAGCAGCAGUAUUCAGGAGUGUCUCCAACAGGGCCUGGUGUUGUGGUGAUGCAACUCAAUGUACCUAAUGGCCCCCAACCCCCCCAGAACCCUUCUAUGGUGCAAUGGAACCACUGCAAAUACUACAGUUUGGACCAGCGAGGGCAGAAGCCUGGAGACAUCUACAACCCAGACACCAGUGCUCAGGCCAGCAGCACCCAGCUGAACAGCCCCAUCACUUCCCCCACACAGUCCCCAACCCCAUCACCGGUCACCAGCCUCAAUAGUGUCUGCACAGGCCUCAGUCCCCUUCCGGUGCUCACACAGUUCCCCCGACCUGUGGGCCCAGCACAAGGUGAUGGGCGCUAUUCCUUACUGGGCCAGCCCCUGCAGUACAACCUUUCCAUCUGCCCCCCACCUCUGUUGCACAACCAGUCCAGCUAUACAGCACACCAGGGACAAACAGGGAUGAAGCAUGGCAAUCGGGGCAAGAAGCAGGCUCUCAAGUCAGCAUCCACGGACCUCGGCACAAGUGAUGUAGGGUUGGGCCGCGUGCUGGAGGUAACGGACCUACCCGAGGGCAUCACACGUACAGAGGCUGACAAGCUCUUCACCCAACUUGCCAUGUCUGGUGCCAAAAUCCAGUGGCUCAAAGAGACUCAGGGGCGUCCUGGGGGCGGCGGUGACAACAACCACGGGACUGCAGAGAAUGGCAGGCAUUCUGACCUCGCUGCCUUAUACACCAUUGUGGCCGUCUUCCCCAGCCCCUUGGCAGCCCAGAAUGCUUCCCAGCGUCUCAACUCCCCCCUUAGCCGCUUCAAGUUGCGUAUGGCCAAAAAGAACUAUGACCUGCGUGUGCUGGAGCGUGCCAGCUCCCAAUAGGGGCAGGCAGAGAGGCGGGGGCGACAAGCACACUGGACUGGCCUCUCUGGCCCCUUCUCAGCCCCUGACCAGCCCCUUUCUGCCUUCCCUCUGCUCCUUUAUUUCCACAUGCACCUCCCCUUCCUUUUUUAAAUUUUCGGUCGGGGAGGAGGGAAAUCUUUCUGGAGAUAUUUAUAUGGACAGAAUGAAGAGAAGAGAAAUUGAUUUUUGGUCUUUUGUUUUUUUCAUUUUGCGGGGGUUAUUUUUAUUUUUGCGUGAAAGAACAUGUCCCACUCCUUGCCCCCUCUCCGGAACACGUGUAUAUUGUUUUUGUUCAGCGUUGUGCCGCGGUACGGGAGCCGUAUUUAAUUGCACAUACAGAUGUUGACUGGGUAUGUUCACUGUACAUUUUAUUUAAUCUGGGUUUAUUAUUAUUAUUAUUAUUAUUAUUAUUAUUAUUAUUAUUAUUUGGUUUUUAAAUAUAAAAAAAAUCGUCUGUCACUUUAAAGCUGA